CUCCUUCACCAAUUGGUUUCUCCUUCUGGUAUGAGCACCACCCAUGCCCAGUAGCUCUCUCUCAGUAGCUGGCUCUGAUACCUCCGGGGCCCCAAGUAAGCUUCACUCACCUGGAUUACUUCAGCCUUCACCACCAUUUCUGUCUCCUUUAUCUUCAUUUUCUCCACUUCCUCUUCCGUUUCCACUCUCUUCAAUUCCCCAUCUCCCUUCAUCAUUUCCUCUUCCUCUUCCGCUUACGUCUUCAUCAUCUCGCCCUCCAUCUUCUCUUCAAUCUUUAUCUCCUUCUCAACUCUAGUCUUCCUCUCCAUCUUAGCCGUCACUGUCCCAACAUUGCUUUCUUCCCUUCUCCUCUUCCUCUUCCUCUUUCUACUCCUAUUGCUUCUCUCUUUGCCCAUCACCCCUCACCACCCUGGGACCACCUCAUCCUCCUCGUCCUCCUCGUUGUUGUCAUCGUCGACCUCCUCCUCCUCCUCCACAGGAGUCGCUGCCUCCUGUCACCUUGUUCGUCUCCAGCGGUCUGUUCGCCGUCGGCCUCCUCCUCCUCCUCCUUCUCCUCCACGAAUUGCACCUCGAAGCCUUCCUCUCCUCACUCCUGCGCCUACUCCUGCUCCCGUUCCUGCUCCUGCUCCUAUUCCUGCUGCUCCUAUUCCUGCUCCUCUUCCUUGCCCCUUGCUCCACCUAUGCAGUGGUAUGAAUAAAGACUAUGAUGUCAUCAUUCUUGGUACCGGAUUGAAAGAAUGCGCCCUCGGGAGUCUCCUGGCCUCUCUUGGAAAGAAGAUCCUCCACAUUGACCGCAGCGCCCAGCAUGGCGGGGACAGCGCCUCCCUGAUGAGUCCUCUCAAUGUUGCCUACCGUCAUUUCAGCAUGUCCAGCUCAUCCUCUGCCACCAUGGGCCGUGGACGCGCCUGGAAGGUGGACUUGCUGCCCAAGUUCCUCAUGGCCAAAGGACAGCUAGUUAGAAUCCUGGCCCACAUGGAUGCGCUGCGCUACCUGGACUUGCGUGUGGUGGAAGCUGGCUUCCUUCUCAAGGGCAGCAGGAUUUACAAGGUGCCCUCGACGGAGACUGAGGCCCUGGCCUCCGGACUGAUGGGACUUUUUGAGAAACGCAGAUUCCGCAAGUUCUUUGUGUAUGCACUUAACUUUGACGAACAAGACCCUCGUACCUACGAAGGGCUAGAUCUCCGGAAGACGACCGUAAAAGAUCUCUUCCGGAGAUUCGACUUGGGCCAAGAUGUCACCGAAUUUACGGGACAUGCCUUGGCCCUCAACCGUACCAACAGCUAUCUAGAGCGCCCUUGCAUCGAAAUCUUGGAGAAGAUCCAACUCUAUACGGAAUCAUUGACUAAGAACGGAAAGAGCCCAUACCUGUACCCAAGCUUCGGAAUCGGGGAGCUGGCGCAGGCCUUUGCUAGAAUGACAUCCAGCCAAGGCGGAGUUUUUGUAACCAACAGACUGGUAGAGGAGAUUCUUAUCAGGGAAGGCCGGGUUGUGGGCAUCAGGUCAGAGGGUCAGAUCACAAGGUGCAAGCAGCUGAUUUGUGAUCCCAGCUAUGUACCAGACCGUGUGCGCAAGGUCGGCCAGGUCAUCAGGGCCAUCUGCAUUCUCGGGCACCCUGUUAAAAACACCAAUGGGGCCAAUUCCGGACUCAUCAUUGUCCCUUCUGCUCAGGCAAAUCGCAGAUCGGACAUAUAUAUUUUCCUUACGUCAUCCGUGCAUAGUGUGGCUGUGCAGGGCAAAUACAUCGCCAUAGUGAGUACUGCCGUGGAGAGUAAAGAUCCUGAAAAAGAAAUCCAUCUGGCUCUGGAGCUCCUGGAGCCCAUUGAGCAAAAGUUCUUUUAUAUAAGUGACCUCCAUGUGCCCAAUGACUUGGGGACCAAUAGUCAGAUCUUCAUAACAACCAGCUAUGAUGCCACCGCCCACUUUGAGAGUGCCUGUGCGGACAUAAAAGAAAUCUAUAGAAGAAUGACAGGAUUCGAACUGAAAUUUGACUAAGAUACUUAGAACAAUAACACCUCAUUUGGGAGAAAAAUUACUACCAUGCUACUAAUAGAGGAGAAAUGUGGAUAGCUCAAAUAAACUGUCUCCCCGAGGGGAAACAUCUUGGGAA